AUGGAUGAAGUUUUUCUAUGGGGUGCCAUCAAAGCCAUAGUCGGUUCUGAUGCUGCCGCAGUUGUCAUUCUUGCUGCAUUGGUGCUUCUCAUUAUCCUCCUUCAAAAAUUUGGCUUCUGUGGACUGCUCUGGGUGGUAUUGUUUGGGUUCUCUCGACUGCUCUGGGUGGCAUUGCUAAGCUUCGGGCGAGUGAUCUGGCCUCUGCUCUUGGUGGCAGUCCCUGCCCUGAUCAUGAUUUUGCCGAUCGCGAUGGUUGUUGAAUGGGUGCGUGAGAGGUUGGAAGUUGCCCGUGCACCUACGACAACCGGGAGAGGAGGAGGAGAACGCAAUCAUAGCAGGAUAUCGACGGAAGAGUCAGCAAACCGGGGUGGACCCCGGAAGUUCACCUAUAGAGAGUUGGAGGAAGCGACCAAUUCUUUUGCAAGCGACCUGAAAUUGGGAGAAGGAGCUUCCGGGACCGUGUACAAAGGGCACAUAGGAGAAGAUCGCGAACCGGUCGCCGUGAAGAUAAUAAACUCUCCUGCAAACCAACGGAUAUCGGAGUUUAUAGCCGAGAUAAUCGCGAUGAUCCAACUUAGUCACACAAACUUGGUGAAACUUAAAGGCUAUUGUCACGAGUUGAAUGAAGUCAGAAACCCCCCUGUUUGCAAAUUCGCCCUGGUUUACGAAUUCAUCGGAGGAGGUACCUUGUACGAUCAUCUGUUUAAACCCGAGUACUUGUUGACAUGGGAAAAUAGGUACAACAUUGCUCUGGGAUUAGCUUCGGCGCUGCACUACCUGCGCAAAAAACGGCCUCUAUGUGUGAUCCAUAGAGAUAUCAAAUCUAGCAACGUCAUGCUCGAUGAAGCGCUCGUGGCCAAAUUGGGAGAUUUCGGCACGGCUAAGCUGGUCGACCACACUGAAGAGCCAAACCCAUCCCUAUUGGCAGGAACGCCGGGUUACUGGCCUCCAGAGUACGCUCAAAUGGGUGUACUAAGUAAGGAGUCUGAUAUCUACAGCUUUGGAGUGGUCCUUUUGGAAAUUGUAUUCGGGAGAAAAGCCGUCUUUUCCCAAGGUCAAGGUCAAGCGCCACAAAACCUUGUAGAGUGGGUUCGGAAGCGAUAUAGGGGCGGGAAGUUGCUUGAUGCCGUGGACUCUAGGCUCGAGGGAAUUUUUGACGAGGAACAGGCGGAGGCCUUGACGACGGCGGGGCUGUGGUGUGCUCAUCCUGAUCCUAGCCAUCGGCCUUCGAUUGAAGAGAUAAAGACCUAUUUGAACUCGAAGGCAGUGCCUCCCAGGCUCCCCCCCGAGAUGCCACCACUUGGCUAUUGA